GCGGCCACACUGCAGAGUGGGCGUUUAAUAAGCCGUCUCGUCUCACUCUAGCUCAUACAUGACUUCCCAAUACAUAAGUUGGGUUACUCCAAAUCUUGAUAUUUACAGUCGCGGUCGGCCGACAAAAAUGACAGAAAGCUCAUCGAACAAGCUGCUAAACGGAGACUCCUGUCACUGGACCUCAAACGGUAAAAAAUCGAGUAAAAAUGGCUUCGUGAAGAGCCACGGGCUGUUUCAAGAGCCACAGAAGUAUCGUCGCCCCAGGGAGAAGAACCAAAAUGUCACACACAACUCAAGCCUGUACAAGAAGCCCUUUGCGGAAUCAUUUGAGGAGACUCCUCUACUGGUGGCCGUGCUCACCUACAUGGGCUACGGCAUCCUUACCAUCUUCGGCUACCUCCGAGACUUCCUUCGCCACUGGAGCAUCGAGAAAUGCCACGUGGCUCGGGAGAAAGAGGAGCAGAAGGAUUUCGUCCCCCUCUAUCAGGACUUUGAGAAUUUUUACACCAGGAACUUGUACAUGAGGAUUCGAGACAACUGGAACAGGCCCAUCUGUAGUGUCCCGGGUGCAAAGAUGGACCUGGUGGAGAGAGUUUCCCACGACUACAAUUGGACCUUCGAGCACACGGGCCGAGUGGUGAAGGACGUCAUCAACAUGGGCUCGUACAACUACCUCGGCUUUGCUGAGAACAUCGGGGCUUGUGCCAAUGCUGCUAUUGAGGCCACAGAAAAGUAUGGAGUUGGAGUGGGCAGCACUCGCUGUGAGAUUGGGAGCCUGGACAUCCACGAGGAGCUGGAGCAGUUGGUUGCCAGGUUCCUGGGCGUUGAGUCAUCCAUGGCUUUUGGCAUGGGCUUCGCAACCAACUCCAUGAACAUUCCUGCUCUCACCGGGAAGGGUUGUCUUAUUCUGAGUGACGAGCUGAAUCACGCAUCGCUGGUGCUGGGUGCCCGUCUGUCUGGGUCCACAAUUCGGGUCUUCAAACACAACAACAUGCAAAGUCUGGAGAAGCUGCUGAGAGAUGCUAUUGCACACGGGCAGCCGAGGACCCACCGACCCUGGAAGAAGAUUCUCAUUGUGGUGGAGGGCAUAUACAGUAUGGAGGGGUCCAUCGUGCGUCUGCCAGAGGUUGUUGCUCUAAAGAAGCGCUAUAAGGCGUAUCUGUACCUGGAUGAGGCCCACAGUAUCGGGGCCCUGGGGCCUAACGGCAGAGGAGUGGUGGACUACUUUGGCCUGGAUCCCAAAGAUGUCGACAUCAUGAUGGGAACGUUCACCAAGAGCUUCGGUGCUGCCGGAGGUUACAUUGGAGGCAAACAGGAGCUGAUCGACUACCUGCGGCGCCACUCUCACAGUGCCCUGUAUGCCACCUCCAUGUCCCCUCCUGUUGUCCAGCAGAUAAUCACCUCUAUGAGGAUCAUCAUGGGAGAGGAUGGGACCACGCUGGGUAUCGAUCGCAUCAGACAGCUCUCCGAGAACACCACCUACUUCCGCAGGGAACUCCGUGAAAUGGGCUUCAUCAUCUACGGCAACGAGGACUCGCCUGUAGUGCCCAUGAUGCUCUAUAUGCCGGCCAAAAUUGGGGCAUUUGGUCGGGAGAUGUUGAAGAGAAACAUCGGCACCGUGGUCGUCGGCUUCCCGGCAACGCCCAUAAUCGAGUCGAGGGCACGUUUCUGCAUUUCAGCUGCCCAUACCAGAGAGAUGCUUGACACAGCGUUGAAGGCCACCAGUGAAGUGGGCGACCUGCUGCAGCUGAAGUACUCCAGACGUGAACGGCCUCUCCCCUCGCUUGGUUGGAUGGCCGAGGAGAGCCUGCUUCAGGACUGAGCCACAUCGCCUCCUUCUUCCUCACAGCUCAAUGUUCCUCCCUCACUUGACCUUUUCCUGUCCGAUAUCCCUCAUUUUCCUCUGAGCCACUGUCUCCAACCCGCUUCGCCAUAUCUCCUCAAAUCAGACUCCCGUGGACAGAACCAAAGUCUUCAGUUUUAAAAGCUGCACACUAGCACCACUCAUUAGCCCGUGUGCAGUCUGUGACCUGUACAGCUGAUUUUACCGAUGGCAGGGUGGGACCAAAAUCCCCCUACGUCUGUCUGCACAUAUGUCCCUUCAGUUUGUCCUAACUUAUUGUGACUGCAUUGGUCUAAAGUCAAGUCUUAUUCCUGUGUGCACCUUUUUACAUGUGUGUCCUAUUCGUGCAAUAGCAACAACAACUUGGAGUUUCUUUAUAAUCCAAAACAACCUAGAGCAAAGUAGACAGAUUUUUGCCUCAAGUUCCUACUUGUGCACUUGGAGAAAAAGAAAUCUGAUCAUAGCUGUUGCCGUGAUGAACACAAAAGGAAAGAAUGAUAUAUGUACAGUAAAUAUUAUUUAACCAGAAGUUGGUAUUGCUGCAUUAGGGUAGCAUCCCAAACCUCAAAGAGAGAUACAUUAUUUUACAAGAGUAACAUUAGCAUAUGUACUCCAUUUGUAUUUAUCCGAUGGCUUUUUUUCUUUUCUAAUCACUUUUACUUGAAUAGAGAGUAUAGAAUUUUGGGUUCUUUCCCUAACCAAAGGAUGUAUAUGUAUAGAUAUGUUUUAUACCUUUUCUCUUAAAAUGUAAAGCAUAUGUUCCAAAAGUAAACAUUUAACAGGGAAACGAUCCCAGGGAGCAAGAAUAAGGAACAUUUUUAUUCCUUAUUUUCGAGAAACUAUUUCAGCCUUAUUUACACCUGCACUCAAAAUCUUGAGCCCAGUGUCUUUAACAUUUCUAUGAGCUUAUGAGCUACAUGUGUGAUUAUUUUUUAUUUUUAUUCUUUUGCUAAAUCUUUCUCACUCAAGUGCUUUCGUGUGAAUCAGCGUCGACACCGAUCUCUGAGCGCGAUGACACGCUGUAACUUAGGUCUGUAUGUAUGACGAUGCCGCUCCCGUGCCCAUCUGAUUUACAGACUGCUUUAUUUAUUUAAAAUGUCUUUGUCAUCUUAUUUCUGUGAAACAUUAUUUUGAUCUGGAAGGCAGCUCAAAAUGUAUCCCAGUUUGUCUUUGAACUACCUACACGUCUUAACUAAAGUGCUCGCACUACUGACAGGCAUUGUAAAUGCACAGAUGACGUAGUCACUCAAAUUUGCAAGAUUUGUAUGUGUAUGCUUCAAAUGUUAACUUAUAUUUCAUCAUCAGUGGUCAUCUUCUAGAAUGACAUUCCAUAUCCGUGUCAAUUGUUUUAGUUGUACUGUUUUUGUCUCCCUUUUCUGUGGGAGGUCACCCCAAACAUGGCAUACAUGCCACUGUCACUGUCAAAUAUCCUGCUGAUGUGUUUAUGUUCUACAACCUAAUUGAUGUGAAUUUGGAGUGUAGCCAGUGUCAGAAAGCUGGCCAUUCCUAUAAAUGUUCAUCAAAGUGAUUAAACGCAACUCAAAUUUCAA